AUGUCCUACGACGAGCGCGCCAAUGCGCACCCCAACCUGAACGACGAGUCCGAUGUCGAGGAGGAGGCGCUUGUCAACGACUACCGCGAGCAGGUCAACUUCGAUGAUGGCAUGAGUGAGCUGGAUCGGACCACAUCGCUUGGGGGUGCUUCGCAGACGCAGGACCUUCAAGCACAGCUGGCUGCUGCCGCGACUCCUCUUGAGUACCAGGCCACGCUCGAGACCAAGUUUGCGAGCUAUGACAACUACUGCAGUCUUUUCCACUACAUCCUGAACUCGGAUGGGCCCGUCGAGCUCGAGGUUCCUUCUUAUUACUGGGCAUGGGAUGUUAUCGAUGAGUUCAUUUACCAGUUCGAAUCGUUCUGCCGCUAUCGUAACCGUGUCGCCCGCAGCGGCUCCAACGAGGAGGAAGCCCAGCUCCUCCGCGAGAACCCGAACACCUGGGGAUGCUACUCGGUUCUCAACGUGCUUUACUCCCUCAUCCAGAAGUCCCAGAUCAACGAACAACUGGCUGCUAUGAAGCGUGGCGAGGACCCCGCUGCGUUCGCCGGAGAGUAUGGCUCCCGCCCGCUGUACAAGAUGCUUGGAUACUUCUCCAUCAUUGGCCUUCUCCGCGUCCACUGCUUGCUUGGUGACUUCACCCUCGCCCUCAAGACCCUCGACGACAUCGAGAUGAACAAGAAGGCAAUGUUCGCCCGUGUCAUGGCCGCCCACUUCACCACCUACUAUUACGUUGGUUUCUCCUACAUGAUGACCCGCCGCUACGGCGACGCCAUUCGCAUGUUCAGCCACAUCCUCGUCUACGUCUCCCGGACCAAGAACUUCCAGAAGGGCGGCAACAGCUACGACGCCAUUGCCAAGAAGAACGACCAGAUGUACGCUCUGAUUGCCAUUUGCGUUGCCCUCCACCCCACCCGCCUCGACGACACCAUCCACUCCGCCCUCCGUGAGAAGUACGGCGAGCAGCUCCACCGCCUCCAGCAGGGCGGCCCCGACGCCCUCCCUCUGUUCGAGGAGCUCUUCCGCUCCGCCUGCCCCAAGUUCAUCAGCCCCACUCCCCCCGACUUCGACAACCCCGCUGUCAACGUCGACCCCGUCGACCACCACACCGCCAUCUUCAUGGACGAGGUCAAGAACACGCUCUACAACCCUACCAUCCGGUCAUACCUGAAGCUCUACACAACAAUGGAUCUGCAGAAGCUCGCUGGCUUCCUUGAGGUCGAGCCCGAGAAGCUCCGCUCUUGGCUCCUCAUCAACAAGCAGCGCAGCCGCCAGAUCCGCUGGGUCGAGGGAGGCUUGUUGGAGGGCGAGACCGUCAGCGCCAACGACCUUGACUACGCCCUUGAGAAGGAUCUCAUCCACGUCAGCGAGACCAAGGCCGGUCGUCGCCUUGUCGACUGGUACCUGAGGAACCUUGCUCGCGUCUACUAA